AUGAAAUCAACAGUUCUAGUGUUAUUAUUUCUUAAUUUGUUCUUUCACACACAAGGUUUACUUCCUCCUAAAUUUCAAUGGAAAACUAUAGACUUUGCAUGGGAAGGUAACAGACGGGAAGCGGCUUUGGCUUCAGGCGAUUAUAUUCCUGAAAAUAAUAUGCCUGCUGGAAUAGCUAGAUGGAGAGAUAAAGUUUUCAUAACAAUUCCCAGAUGGAAAAAAGGAGUUCCAUCCUCUUUAAAUUAUGUUUAUUUAAACGGAAGUCAAUCGCAGCCGUUAAAUCCAUACCCAAGCUGGAAUGACGGGUUUGUAUCGGAGAAGUCUCAUAAAGUUACAACGAAUAGUACAGUGGUGUCUGCGUUCAGAAUUUAUAUCGAUAAGUGUGAUCGGCUGUGGGCUGUGGACAAUGGUGUCGCUGAUAUGUCAAGAGAAUUACGACAAAUAACAGAGCCGGCCAUAGUGAUAUUUGAUUUAAGGAAGAACGUCUUAAUACACCGUUACGUCAUUGAUGAUGAGGUUUUGAGAGACUCUACGGUGUUGACUAGUAUUGUGGUAGAUGUAGCCGGUAAGGGUUGCGAGGAUACUUUCGCGUACAUCCCUGAUAUGGGAUCCAACGCUCUCCUGGUGUAUAGCCUGAGGUUGAAGGAUGUAUGGAGGAUAGAGAACCACUUCUUCCACUUCGAUCCUCACGAGGGCGUUUAUAGGGUUGGCGGUGUAGACUUUUAUUGGAGCGAUGGGAUAUCAUCAGCUGUUGUGAUCCCGGCUAAGAAAGGCUCCGGAGCCCCCUACCUGUACUUCCACCCUACGUCCAGUAGAAAGCUGUUCCGCAUGUCGACUAAACUAUUGAGAGACAGGAAUGUUCCCUUGGAGAAUAUAUUCGCUGGUGUUGAAAUCGUGGGUGACAGAGGUGAGAAGUCCCAGGCUACAGCGAUAGACUUUGAUCAUAACAACAAUGUAUUAUUCUCCACUCAGUUGAGUAAAAAUGGCGUGAGUUGUUGGAAUGUCGACCAGCCUCUGACUCCGGAGAAGGUUCCACUCAUCAUCAGCGACUGCACCGUACUGGAGUUCCCCAACGAUAUUAAGGUGGAUCACGACAGUAACUUAUGGAUCCUAAGCAACAGACAGUCCCGCUUCUUGUACGAGUCUAUGGACUUCGAGCAAAUCAACUUCCGAGUACUGACGGCCCCGACCACAACCAUCAUACAGGGAACCGCUUGCGAGAAGAUCUCCUCACUAGAUAGGGUUCUAAGCUUCAUUAAGAAGAAGGACAAAUGA